AAACUCGGAAACUCAGCGCUCGUUACCAAGAGCGGCCUGCAGCAUGUCUGGAUCUUUACCGUUCUACCAGAAGAACCACCGCCACUAUGACCGUGGCUACCGUAACAAGGAGACGGCGUCUAAAAUGAGCCAGUACCAGUCCAGCAGCAGCAGCAGCAGCAGCAGAUACUUUGCGGGCAGCAGCACCUCCGCCACCAGCAGCAGCAGAGGACUUAGAGUGUCUUCACACUCUGGGCUGGAAGAGAGCCGACUGAGCCCCAUACCCAAGAGAACCAAGCCAACUUACUUGGCUGUGGAUAAAGAGAACCAAAUCAUCGGCUAUGUAAUUCCUAUCUUCAGGGGCAGUCAAGAGUUUGCUACAGGAUUUUCGGAUACAGAGGAAUCAAGGGUGAGGGACAUGGCCCGCAGGGAUUUGUUCAGCAGUGGCCUGGAGAUGGAGAGGUCAGAGCUGAUCUCCAGGAAGGAGGCCAUGCGCGAGUCAGCUGAUCGCAUCUGUCUGAAUAAAAGGAUCCAUGAUCAAGAGGAACACUCCAAGCGUAUGAACGAAGACAGCCUGAUGCAUCCCCCGGAGUUUGUGAUUAAACCUCGCUCCCACACUGUGUGGGAGAAGCAGUGUGUGCGGCUGCACUGCACUGUCACUGGCUGGCCUAACCCACGGGUCGUCUGGUACAAAAACAAUGUGGCCAUUGAAUCGAUUGCAAAUCCUGGCAAGUAUAAACUUGAGAGCAAAUACAGCGUCCAUUCACUGGAUAUUAACAGAUGCGAUUUUGAUGACACAGCUCAGUAUCAUGUCUCUGCCAUGAACUCCAAGGGGGAGCUCUCUGCGUUCGCCUCCGUUGUUGUUAAAAGGUUCAAAGGUGAAGUUGAUGAGUAUAUGCCAGCUCCCAGACAUGGCCCAGUGUCUGAGUAUGGCGUCACCUUCCAGACUCACAUUGUUGAUAAGUUUGGUGUUUCAUUUGGAAGAGAGGGGGAGACCAUGAGUCUGGGCUGCACCGUCGUCAUCUACCCGUCCCUGCACCGCUACCAGCCAGAGGUUCAGUGGUACAAAGAUGGUGUUCUGCUGUCUCCAUCUAAAUGGUACCAAAUGCACUGGAGUGGAGACAGAGCCACACUGACGCUCGCGCACCUCAACAAGGAGGACGAGGGUCUCUACACCCUGCGAGUCACCACCAAGUCGGGAUAUGAAACCUACUCCUCCUAUGUCUUCGUCAGAGAUUCUGAUGCUGAGAUGGAAGGCGCUCCAGGCGCCCCUCUGGACGUUCGCUGUCUCGACGCCAACAAGGACUACAUCAUUGUCACUUGGAAGCAGCCGGCUGUCGAUGGCGGCCACUCCAUCCUGGGCUACUUCGUGGACAGGUGUGAGGUUGGAACCAACCACUGGAUCCAGUGCAAUGACACUCCGGUCAAGUUCGCCCGUUUCCCUGUGACCGGUUUGGUGGAGGGUCGUUCUUAUGUCUUCCGCGUGCGUGCUAUCAACAACAGCGGCAUGAGUCAUCCGUCCAGAGUGUCCGAACCAGUGGCCGCCAUGGACCCGGGUGACCGCGCCCGCUUGAGAGGUACUUCUGCUCCCUGGACCGGACAAAUCAUUGUCACAGAGGAGGAACCUGCAGAGGGCAUUGUUCCUGGCAGACCUCUUGAACUCCAGGUGACGGAGGCGACCAAGAAUUACGUGGUGCUGAGCUGGAAGCCACCUGGAGAGAAAGGCCUGGAGGGAGUCAGGUACUACGUGGAGAAGUGUGUGUCGGGCACAGACACCUGGCAGAGGGUGAACACAGAGAUCCCAGUCAAGUCCCCUCGCUUUGCGUUGUUCGAUCUGGCCGAGGGGAAGUCCUACAGCUUCCGCGUCCGGUGCUGCAACCCUGCCGGGGUCGGUGAACCCUCCGACCCGACUGAGGCCACCACAGUUGGUGACAAGCUUGAUAUCCCAUCAGCCCCCAGCAAAGUCGUCCCCAUUCGAAACACAGACACAUCAGUCGUCGUGUCUUGGGUAGCGUCCAGUGAUGCCAAAGAGUUGGUCGGUUACUACAUCGAGGGGAGCAUCGUGGGCAGCAACGUGUGGGAGCCGUGCAACAACAAGCCUGUAAAUGUAACCAGGUUCAUCUGCCACGGUCUGAUGACGGGAGAGAAGUACGUGUUUAGGGUGAGGGCAGUGAACGCAGCAGGGCUCAGCGGGUUCUCCCCAGAGUCUGAGCCUGUGGAGGUGAAGGCUGCUAUUGCCUCCCCUGCUCCACCCUUUGGCAUCAGCGUCCUGGAGUGUGUGCGCGACUCCAUGGUGCUGGCCUGGAAACAGCCGAGCUUCAUCGGCGGUGCUGACAUCUCCGGCUACUUCGUGGAUUACCGUGAGGUCGUCGAUGGCGUGCCGGGGAAGUGGCACGAGGCCAACAUCAAGGCUGUCAGUGAGAGGGCCUACAGAGUGUCCGACCUGAUGGAGAACAGGAAGUACCAGUUCCAGGUGCGAGCAGCCAACAUGGCAGGUGUUGGCAUCCCGUCACUGCCCAGUGACACCUUCCCGUGUAAGGAGUGGACCAUCGCUGUGCCAGGACCUCCUCAUGACCUGCAGGUGAGAGAGGUGCGCAACGACUCUCUGGUGUUGCUAUGGAAACCACCUGUGUACCAGGGCCGCGAUGCGGUCAACGGGUUCUACAUCGACAUCAAGGAAGAGGACGCCCCAGUGGAGGCGUGGAGAAGCGUCAACAACAAGGCCACGGAGAAGACGUACAUGAAGAUCAAGAACCUGAAGGAGGGAGAGGUGUUCGUGUUCCGUGUUCGUGCUCAGAAUAAAGCCGGUGUUGGAAAAACGUCUGAAGUGACAGAGCCGGUUUCAGCUGUGACCAAACCUGGCACUAAUGAGAUCAGCGUGGCUGUGGACGAUGACGGCAUCAUCUCCCUGAACUUCGAAUGCUGUGACCUGACCCCUGACUCCAAAUUUGUGUGGUCCAAGAAUUACGAGGAGAUCACAGACGCCUCCCGCUUGACUAUGGAGACCAAGGGAAACAAAUCUAAAGCUGUCUUCAACACACCUGCAGAGGAGGACAUCGGGAUUUACUCCUGUAUCGUCACCCACACUGAUGGAGCUUCAUCCAGCUACGAUCUCUCUGAGCAAGAGUUGAAGAGGCUGCUGGAGGUCAGUCACGACCACAAAUUCCCCAUUAUUCCCCUGAAGUCAGAGUUGGCUGUGGAGCUGUUGGAGAAAGGCAGAGUUCGCUUCUGGCUGCAGGCCGAGAAGAUUUCCGCUGAUGGCAAAGUCGAUUACGUGUUCAAUGAAAACCUCAUCUCUCAGGGGGAGAAAUACAAGAUGAACUUUGACAAGAGCACCGGCGUGAUCGAGAUGAUCAUGGAGUCUCUGACCCCGGCGGACGAGGGCACCUUCACCUUCCGGCUGAAAGACGGGAAAGCAACCAACCAGUCCAGCUUGGUUCUGAUAGGAGACGUGUUCAAGGGGCUGCAGAAGGAAUCAGAGUUCCAGAUGAAAGAGUGGGUCAGAAAGCAAGGUCCUCACUUUAUCGAGUAUCUGAGUUAUGAGGUGACGCCCGAGUGCUGUGUUCUGCUGAAGUGCAAGGUCGGCAACGUGAAGAAGGAGACCUCGGCGCUGUGGUACAAAGACGGACGAGAGAUCAAGGCAGACGAGCAUCUGGGCUUCACAGAGGGAGUGCUGAAACUGGAAAUAGCUCAGUGUGACUGCCCGGCAGACACAGCCGACAGCGACGUAAUCUGGAGAAAGAUAAAAAUUUCCAAGAAGGAUUCCGGUGUGUACGAGGUCGUUCUGAAGGACGACAGAGGAAAAGACACGUCCAAGUUGAAUUUGACGGAUCAAGGUUUCAAGGACUUGAUGAAUGAAGUUUUCAGUUUUAUUGCCAAUUCCUCCACUCCGCUGAAGAUCACAAGCACAGAUGAGGGCAUCCGACUCUACACCUUCGUCAACUUCUAUAACGAUUUACUCCAAGUGACAUGGCACUACAAAGAUUCAGCCAUCUCCUUCUCUGACCGUAUAAAGAGCGGCGUGGUGGGGGAGCAGCUGUGGCUGCAGAUCACUGAGCCCACAGAGAAAGACACGGGCAAAUACGCCAUCGAGUUCCACGACGGAAAGGGAGGCCUGAGGAGGACCGUGGAGUUGGCUGGUCAAGCAUUUGAUGACGCUUUUGCAGAAUUCCAGAGACUCAAAUCCGCUGCCAUUGCAGAGAAAGGUCGUGCUCGAGUAGCAGGAGGUUUGCCUGAUGUGGUCACCAUCCAGGAGGGCAAGGCCCUGAAUCUCACCUGCAACAUUUCGGGCGACCCCGUGCCAAAGGUCACCUGGCUGAAGAACGACAGGGAGAUCACGUCCGACGACCACUGCAUCCUGAAGUUCGAGUCCGGCAAGUUCGCCAGCUUCACCAUCACGGCCGUGAACACGUCGGACACCGGCAAAUACAGCAUCCUGGUGAAGAACAAGUACGGCACAGAGAGCGGGGACUUCACCGUAAGUGUCUUCAUCCCUGAAGAGGCGGCCGGCAAGAAAAAAUAGAAGCGGUCCAAAUCUUGUCGUAAAUAUGUAUAAAAGAAAGAAGAAAAAAAAACACUGGAAAAAAAUAUUUAAGGAGAAAUAAAGGUGUGAGGUGUUUGUGUAGAAUUUAAAAAUUAACUCUAGAGGUGCUAAAACACAAAAUGUGAAACAGUUUGGAGAGAAUUUGAUAAGAUUUGAUCAAAUGAAUCUGACUGAACAUGAAGAGGUAUUUGUGACCCAUUCAAAAAUGUCACUGGUGCAAUUUUAGUUUGUGUAAAGUUGUGUUUGUGCAGAGAGGCACGUGUUGGCUUCUGUUUGCUGUAGAAUAGGAAACGACACAUUAGUUGAAGAUGAUGUCGUGUUGGUCGGACGCAACGUGGAGAAAACAAAUCCUGAAGUCAGUGUCGAAUGAAUUUUAAACCCAUGUUUUAUCCUGUUUGCCUCAAAUUAUGUCAACUUACUUGCUGAAGCACAUGAAAACUUAAAUAAGCAGAGCUACUACUUUUUGUUCACGUCCUUGAUAUCAGUCUGUCAAGGACAAAACUGUUUUUGUGUAAUCCUGAUGAUGAACAGACAAAGGGACAGGGGUGAAAACAUAACCUCCUUGGCGAAGGUAAAAAAAGAAGAAGACAGUGUUUACAGACAACUUUAAAAUCUCAAAAUCACAAAUGGCUUUUCUUUGAUCCCUCUCCCCUCUAAUGGGAUUCACUGUCACAAAGAACAAUCCACAAUGUACCUUUCUAUCGGCUCGAGCUUGUUGGCUAAUCAAGCUGAGAUCAUCUCUACGAGUUCCUCACACUUCUUGUGUUUUUGGUUUUUGGAGAACAACCUUUAAAAUGAAGCAAUGUAAUGUCUGCCGUGACUCCACAGUCACUGCUGGAGAAAAGUUUGUCUCCUAACAAACUUGUUGCAAAUGGACUAAAACGUGGUUCUUUAAUGAAACGUGUCAUUUCACCAGCCCUGUUUUCUGUUUGUUCCAUUUGAUUCACAGUCACUUUGAAUGUUGUGAUCAUGACGACACUUCCCUUGUUUCAUGUCUGUAACGAACACGUCAGCCCACCUACUACUCAUCAUCAUUAUUAUUAUUAUUCACCACUGUGAUGACUUCCCCUUCACUGUGCACCAUGUCUCCUUUACUCAUAAUGAUGAUGAUGAUGUGAUGAAGAUCACCAUGGUGAUUAUUUCCUGUUCUCCCUGUUUCUUGAUGAGACUAAUAAAAAAUGAGCAUGUUCUCCCCCACUUCCUC